GAGCCGGGGAGAGAGACACCGCGGCCGCGUCACUGCUGCUCGCUCGCGGGGAAACCGACAGAUUGAAAACGGCUCGCGGACACAAUGGACUCGCCAGCGGACGGCGUUUAACGCACUGGACCUUUUGAUGAACACACACACACAAAAAAAAACAAGAGGAAAAGGGAGGAGGCUAUGCCGUUACAACUACUCUUUACCACCAUUUGAUUAACCAUGAUGAAGACUGAACCCCCAUCUGCAGCCAGCGGCACCACAAGCACCACGCUCGGAGCUCGGAGCGCGUCGCCACACAGGAAUGCGUAUGAGGCAGGAAUCCAGUCACUUAAGCCAGUCAAAGACCCUGAUGCUGCGAACGGUGAGGAUAGCAAAGAGGGGAAGUCACGACCUCUGGGACGGGGUCGCAGGUACGGCUCCAAUGUCCAUCGCAUCAAGAACAUGUUCAUGCAGAUGGGCUCCCCUGGGGAUGAGGAAGAUCCGUCAAAGAUGAAAGACCAGGCAGUGAGGCUCUCCUUGCCAAGAGCCAGUAGUCUUAAUGAGAAUGUAGACCACAGUGCACUUCUCAAGCUAGGCGGAACCGUUUCAGAGCGUGUGAGUCGCUUCGAUGGGAAGCCUGACGGGGGAGGUGGCCGUGGACCUUGCUCUGGCUUCUCUAAGCUGCAGGAGACACGCAAGAUUUUUGAGCAGCGUCACCUACAAGAGAAGCAGGCUGCCACUAACCGAAUCCUCCUGAAGAAAGAGCGUGCCUCAGGCUUCCAGGACAGCCGUCUGGAUGUGGUCGUACGAUUUAAUGGCAGCACAGAAGCCCUGGACAGACUGGACACGGAAGGUGGGCCUGUUGAAGCAGUGUCACCGACUGUCAGCCAGCUGAGCGCCGUGUUUGAGAAGGCAGAAUUGCGGAACAAUCUCCAUCGGCCAACUUCAACCUCAAUUCUGACCUCUCGCCCCAAAAUCAUCCCCAAAAAAGUGCUAACAUUCCCUCAAACAGGAAGCCAAGAAAAUGACUCGCAGGCUAAGGAGCAAGACGCAGCCCCUAAAAGUCCAAGGAGAACAGGAUCCCAAGCUAACACAACAAACAACAAGCCAUCAGCAGAUGAGGCGUCUGUUUUGUCUGCAGAGCCAAACGCAAAGCACUCAAAGGAACUCCAAGACUCAGCAGGAACCAAUACAGAUAAGGAUUCCAAACCUGGGGAGCACGAUUCUGCUAGCAACCAGGAAGCAGGCAGCAGAUUGGUGCACGCGGAGGUUCAUGCUUCCCUGGAGAAUGGGGAGGCUGAAAACAGUCACGAGACUGCUGAGCAGAGAGAUGAGCGCAGGUUGAACCAAGGAGACGCCUCCACUCAAGAUGAGGAGGCAGGAGAGGAGGAGCCCCUAAAGGAGGAUUAUUCAGAAGCUGACCUGAUAGACAUCAGUGCCUACAGUGGUAUAGGUGAGGACUCUGGUGGCAGUCAGCUGGAUGAGGAUGAAGAGGCUGAUGAUGAUGAGGCUUAUGAACCGGAAUCUAGCUGCACAGAGAUCCCAGGACUGCCGAAUGAGGAUGAACCGCCAGCCAGUAGGAAGAUCCGUUUCAGCACUGGGCCUAUUAAGGUUUUCACCACAUACUCCAAUGAGGAUUAUGACCGGCGUAACGAUGACGUCGACCCUAUGGCAGCCUCGGCUGAGUACGAGCUGGAGAAGAGAGUGGAGAGGCUGGACCUUUUCCCCGUAGAACUGGAGAAAGAUGGCGACGGGUUGGGGAUCAGUAUCAUCGGAAUGGGCGCUGGUGCAGACAUGGGCCUGGAGAAACUCGGAAUCUUCGUCAAGACUGUGACGGAGGGAGGUGCUGCUCACCGUGACGGAAGGAUCCAGGUGAAUGACCUGAUAGUUGAGGUCGACGGCACCAGUCUGGUGGGUGUAACACAGAAUUUUGCGGCAUCUGUCCUGAGAAACACCACCGGCACUGUCAAGUUUAUCAUUGGCCGAGAGAAGCCCGGCGAGCAGAGCGAGGUAGCGCAGCUGAUCCAGCAGACGUUGGAGCAGGAACGCUGGCAGAGGGAGAUGAUGGAGCAGCGCUAUAACCAGUACAUGGAGGAGGAUGAAGAGGCCGGUGAGUAUGGCACAGAUGAGGAUGAGGAGAUGAGCCCUAUGUUCCCUAAUGCUAUCGAGGUGUUUGACCUGGCUGAGAGCGAGGACAUGCUCUCUCCUGUGGAGAUGGACCCCGAGAAACUUACCCACAAGUUUAAAGAGCUCCAGAUAAAGCAUGCUGUGACCCAGGCUGAGAUCCAGCAGCUGAAGAGGAAGCUGGCUCAUGCCGAGCAGGAAAAGCUGCGUUGGAGGAUGGAGAAGGCCCAGCUGGAGCAGACCGUGCGAGAGACGAAGGAACGCAUGGAGAAGCUAGAGGGCUACUGGAUGGAGGCCCAGAGCCUGUGUCAGGCAGUGGACGAGCACCUUAAAGAGACACAGGCGCAGUACCAGACACUGGAGCGCAAAUACAGCAAAGCCAAACGCCUCAUCAAAGAGUACCAGCAGAAAGAGAUCGAGUAUCUGAAGAAGGAGACCGCACAGAGGCGUGCGCAGGAGGAAUCAGAGGUCGGCCACAAGGAGGAGACAGACAGCCUGCAGGAGAAGAUCACUGACUUAGAAACGAAGGUGGGUGCACUCAAGAGCUCCGAACCCUCCUAAACCUGCACAGGAACUAUAGAGAACGAGGGAGAGAGCGGGAGAAAAGUCUUUCAGCCCUGGCCGUCCCUCCUUCCUGCAUGUUUUCCCCUGUGGCAUGCAACAAUGGACAACCAAAAGACUGCAAGAAACAUUAAAGGGAUGUUACUGGGGGGAAAGGGGCGCGACAGAGAAAUCAUAAUGCCCUGCCAGACGUGCGACACAGGCCUGCUCACCUCUAGUCUUCAUGACACCCCAUGUAAUGUAGGACGUUUUUGCUUUCAAACAGUAUUCCAAUUAGAUUUUUUUUCUUCUUCUUCUUCUUCUUUUUUUUUAAUGGCCCUAUAAAACAUUACACAGCUUAUUCUUGGCAACUCACUGCACAUUUGAGUGACACACGCCACCUGGACCUGGUGCCAAGCGAACUGAGAAAAGAAAAAUCCGUACUACAGACUUUUCGGUUUCACCUUUUUUUUUUUUUCCUUUUUUUUGCGUCAUCUGUGGCAGAAUGAGUCGCUGUGGGUUGUACAGCAGUGUCAGACCAGCUGAUGGUGUUUGUAUAUAUUCUUCAGUGUAUUUAAAAUGCUUAAGCAACGAGCUGUAGGGGAACAGGGGAAGAUGUGUGGGUGGGUGGGUGGGUAAUUCCAGGGUGCGGACGGGUAACGGUAAAAGUGAACGUAUACAAAUUUCCCAGUUCUAGACUGGCACAGAAAAAUGGCAAACAGGGUGUGACCUUUCGAUGUAAUCUUUCAAGACUUUACAUUUCACACUUUGCUUUCCUCUGGACAGUAUUACUGGAAGUGUGUCGUGUGAUUCAGACCAAUGGGUCACUGUCUCCGGCAUUUCCCUCACGCAUCAGUCACUAUUAGUGUAUGAAUGAGAACGAGAGGCUGUGUAAGAGGAGGCCUUGUGUGCUUAAUUCUACCUUUUUUUUCAUUCUUAUUGUUUUUAUUUCUGCUCACCAGAUUAUUCUUGCACAGCGUCAAAUGAAAGUGCAGUAAAUUAUAUGAUGUGCGCUAAUUGCCGAGAAAUACAGCAGCGACGCUUCAUCAUCACUUCUUUAGGUUCUUCAUUGUCCAGAUUUUAUUUUCUCACUUAUCUAAAAAGUUCAAACAAAAGUCCCGCGGUAUUAUUUCGUUAUUUAUAUUAAAGCACAUGAUACGGUAGCUACAUUGCGUUAUUCUGUAACAGGAAAGGCAUGUAGUUAUGAGAGCGAGGAAUGUAAGCCCGGACCUGCCGAUGGAUCCUGGGAGUUUCAGGGGAUAAACAUUAUUAGAUCAAAAGUAACUUUCUUAUCAGUAUAAUGAUAACCGUACAGUCUUUGCAGUUUUUUCGCUUUUUUCUGACGUGAUAUUGUUGAGCAGCUCUUUUUUUUUUUUUUUUUUUCCAGAUAUUAUUAUUGUAUUCAAUCAAGCGUUGUGAAUUUGGGAAACUGGAAUUUAGAUGGAGUUAAAUACGGCUUUUAGGUAGACACUGGCCUUUAAUCUGAUUUUGGACCAGCCUCUGCAGACGAGACCGCAUCUCAGCAAUAGCAUUAAAGGAUAAUUCCUUUAGUGUUUUAGAACGAAUAUGUGUAAGGGCAUUCCGGCCAGGUGGCAAACUCCAGACGUUUUCACGUGCGAGAUGCUAUGUAGUCAUUUUUAUUUGAAAUGAAGACGUGUCUGGGUGACCAUCAGCCGGUAAUUACUCUGAACUGUAUGCGUUUAGUUCAGAACUCCUGGUGUUAUCCUUUUACGGAUUGGUGUGGGAUCUGCUGGAGAUAUUCUUUCUGUUCGCAAUAAGACAGAGGAUCUGCUAUUGCUAUUUGUUUACUCUGAAUUUCAGUUAAAACGUGUUGAACAUUGAUUCUGGAGAGACCGUUUUAGUUCGGGCAGACCGAAUGCAUUAGCUGUAGUUUUUCCAUGGCUUUCCCAUGUAUGUAAUUGAAUUCAGUCCAUCGCUUCCACUCGCUAUGUUUUGUGAUAAUAAAAUGUCUCUUACGAUGCAGUAUUGAAAGCCACGUCUGGGGGUUUUAUCCAACCUUUUAACAGAUAUUUUAGUGAUACAACAAUUAUUACUCUGCAACAAUAUAUAAUGGGCUUUGUUAUUGUCAGUAGAGUAUAAAUAGAGUUUUUUUAAUGUGUGGAAAUAGAUCUCGCGUCAUUCACUUGCUCUGGAUCCAAUUUGAAUUUUGUGCACACAUGCAAGAAGAAUCGUUACAGAGCACACUGCGAUAGUCCAGGGUCUGUACUGUAUGUAUCGAGCGUCCCAGCUCAGCCAUGUAUAAUUUUAUCCAUCAGUGCGACAAGCGGAACUCAUCGUAAAGCAGCGCUUUUACUCUUGAGAGGUUUGAUACAUAAAUACAAUCCCUGAACUACCUCAGGUCCAUUUUUCUGUCCAUUUGGUUUCGUUUAGUUUUUUUUCCCUCCUCCCUGUUCUUUUGAAUAUUUUUUGCACAUAGACAAAUAGAACAUCACUCAUAACUGGAAAUAAAAAUAAAUUGUGUAAAUGCAUUGUAAUGAGUUCGACAUGCUACAGUGGGGUUGAUUUGAUGACAGUCAGCGUGAUGUAAGCUUGUCUCUGCUCCAGCUGUGCAUAAGUAUGAUCCACUCAGGUUGAAUGAGUAUUAAGUACACGGACCUAUUCCGGAGAACACACUGGACUCGUUUUUGCGAUCACGUCCCAGGAGGACUCUGGAAUUCCAUUAUUAUCCACCUUUCUGGUACAAGGAUUCGUUCCGUGCUCAGUGUGUCGCUGUUUACUGAAGCAGCAGAACAGGAUUGUGUCCUGGAGCAUACACAUGCUCAUUUCGGGUCAGCUUUUGCCUUUUGAUAAAUGUGAUUACUGCAACGGGACCUGAUCCUGUAUCAGAAUUCCUGAUGGACGGGCCAGUAAAGAUCGGAGCACUAUCGGGACGAAACGCAGCAGGACAAGCUACAUGCUGAGUGAUUAUCAGAGCACUGAAACACUAGUCAAACAUUCAGAACUUACAUUCCAUUCGACUUGCUUUUGCGGACGUUGUAACCGACUAUGAGGUUCACUUGCUUCUGUGUACAGAGAGGAACUCGUUCCUCAUGCUGGUGUAAGGGUGUUACUCAUUUUAACGUGAACUAAAACUUGACUCCAUUCCUUCACCAUUGAGGUUUUGUUUUUUAAUUGCUUUGAGUUGCAACCAUAUAAAUAAGAAAAGAAAAAAAAAAAGAAUGUUCCAUUUGAAAGGAGCGUCAUGUUCAUCUUGCAUAAUUUACUGUCAUUAAUAAUAAAUGCAAAAAAAAACAA